GGUCUGGUGCCUCCGGUGGGCCUGGGGACCAUGGCCCUUGCCUGGCUCUGCGCCCGAGGAGGAAACACCGAAGAAGUACUGAUGGAUUCAACAACGGCGACAGCCGAACUGGGCUGGACCAUCCACCCGUCACAGGGCUGGGAGGAGGUGAGCGGCUACGAUGAGAACAUGAGCACCAUCCGGACUUAUCAGGUCUGCAACGUCUUCGACAGCAACCAGAACAACUGGCUCCGCACCAAGUACAUCCGGCGGCGCGGUGCCCAGCGCAUCCACGUCCAGAUGAAGUUCUCCGUCCGUGACUGCAGCUCCAUACCCAGCGUACCCGGCUCCUGCAAGGAGACCUUCAACCUGUACUACUAUGAGUCCGACUCGGACAUGGUCACCAAGACGUCCCCGGCCUGGAUGGAGAACCCCUGGAUCAAAGUGGACACCAUCGCCGCCGAUGAGAGCUUCUCUCAGGUGGACCUGGGCGGCCGCAUUAUGAAGAUCAACAGUGAAGUCAGGAGUUUCGGACCCGUCUCGCGGAACGGCUUCUACCUUGCCUUCCAGGACUACGGUGCAUGCAUGUCGCUCAUCGCUGUGCGCGUUUUCUACAGGAAGUGCCCAAGUGUGAUCCUAAACGGAGCCACGUUCCCUGAGACGCUAUCCGGGGCGGAGAGCACCUCCCUGGUGGCAGCCAGAGGUGUUUGUGUGCCCAACGGGGAGGAGGUGGACGUGCCCAUCAAGUUGUACUGUAAUGGUGAUGGGGAAUGGAUGGUGCCGAUCGGCCGGUGCAUGUGUAAAGCCGGAUACGAGGCGGUGGAGAACAAAACGGUUUGCAGAGCCUGCAUGUUGGGGUUCUUCAAGGCUGCUCAAGGGGACCACAAGUGUCUUCAGUGUCCCAUCAACAGCCGUACAGUCAGUGAAGGAGCCACCAGCUGUGUGUGUCGCAACAGUUACUACCGCACCGACACCGACCCGCCACAGAUGCCCUGCACAACGAUUCCGUCAGGGCCGCAGAACGUCAUCUCCACAGUGAACGAGACGUCUCUGAAGUUGGAGUGGAGCGCGCCGCAAGACACCGGCGGGCGUGAGGACAUGGUGUACAAUAUCAUCUGCAAAAGCUGCGGCGGGGGGCGGGGGGGCUGCACGCGCUGCGGCGAUAACGUGCAGUUCAUACCCCGCCAGCUCGGACUGAUGGACACGCGGGUCCACAUCAGCGACCUACUGGCUCACACCCAGUACACCUUUGAGAUUCAGGCCGUCAAUGGUGUGUCUGAACAAAGCCCCUACUCGCCGCAAUUCACCGCCGUCAACAUCACCACCAACCAAGCUGCACCGUCAGUGGUGUCAAUCAUUCACCAGGUCAGCAGAACGCCCAAUAGCAUCACUUUGUCCUGGUCUCAACCAGAUCAGCCCAAUGGACUCAUCCUGGACUAUGAGCUGCAGUACUAUGAGAAGAGUCAUCCAGACUGGAACUCAACGGUGGUGCGGAGUCAGACCAACACAGCAGUCAUUCCAGGUCUGAAGACCGGAACCAUCUACGUCUUCCAGGUCCGGGCUCGAACCGUUGCUGGAUUUGGACGCUACAGUGGCAAAAUGUACUUCCAAACUAUGACGGAAGAGGAGUAUAAGUCCAGUAUCCAGGAGAAGCUUCCCCUCAUCAUUGGUUCAGCCGCCUCAGGCAUAGUCUUCAUCAUUGCCAUCGCUGUCUUCAUCAUUGUCUGCCACCGGCGGAGAUCAGAGAGACCCGAAUCUGAAUACACAGACAAACUGCAGCAUUACACCAGCGGUCACAUGUCCCCAGGAAUGAAGAUCUACAUUGACCCCUUCAUGUAUGAAGACCCCAAUGAAGCAGUCAGAGAGUUUGCAAAGGAGAUUGACAUCUCCUGUGUGAAGAUUGAACAAGUCAUCGGUGCAGGCGAGUUUGGGGAGGUUUGCAGCGGAAACCUGCGGCUGCCCGGGAAAAGAGAGAUGCUAGUGGCUAUCAAGACACUAAAGGCCGGCUACACCGAGCGCCAGAGAAGAGACUUCCUGAGCGAGGCAUCCAUCAUGGGCCAGUUUGACCAUCCGAACAUCAUCCAUCUAGAGGGAGUUGUUACUAAGAGCAGCCCGGUCAUGAUCAUCACAGAGUUCAUGGAGAACGGGUCUCUGGACUCCUUCCUCCGGCAAAAUGAUGGGCAGUUCACGGUGAUCCAGCUGGUGGGGAUGCUGCGAGGCAUCGCGGCCGGUAUGAAGUACCUAUGCGACAUGAACUAUGUCCAUCGAGACCUGGCGGCACGAAACAUCCUGGUCAACAGUAACCUGGUGUGUAAGGUGUCUGACUUCGGCCUGUCUCGCUUCCUGGAAGACGACACAUCUGACCCGACUUACACCAGCGCCUUGGGAGGGAAGAUUCCAAUCCGAUGGACAGCUCCAGAAGCUAUUCAGUACCGGAAAUUCACCUCCUCCAGUGAUAGCUGGAGUUAUGGGAUCGUCAUGUGGGAAGUGAUGUCAUAUGGAGAGAGACCCUACUGGGACAUGAGCAACCAAGAUGUCAUCAACGCCAUAGAGCAGGACUACAGGUUACCUCCUCCCAUGGACUGUCCCAGCGCACUGCAUCAGCUGAUGCUGGACUGCUGGCAGAAAGACCGCAACAAUCGGCCAAAGUUCAGUCAGAUCGUCAACACCCUGGACAAGAUGAUCCGAAAUCCCAACAGCCUCAAAGCCAUGACUCCGCUCUCAUCGAGUGUUCAUUUACCUUUGCUGGACCGCAGCACACCAGACUUCUCCACCUUCAGCACGGUGGACGAGUGGCUGGAGGCCAUCAAGAUGGGCCAGUACAAGGAGAACUUCACCAGUGAAGGAUUCACCAGCUUCGAUGUUGUGUCUCAAAUGACUAUGGAAGACAUCCUAAGAGUCGGUGUCGUGCUCGCGGGACACCAGAAGAAGAUCUUCAACAGCGUUCAGUCCAUGAGGGCCCAGAUGAACCAGAUUACCUCAGUGGAGGUCUGA